AUGUCUCCCGAUCUAGGAAUCGUGAUCAAACGUUACUACCCCCCGGGUGUCACAACCAUCAUUGCCUCCAGCUUCACUUGUUUCCUGGGCCUUAUCGACAAGGACACAGUGCUUAAAUACUUGCAUGAUGAGAACCCCGAUUUUCACGAGCAAGCACGCCUUAAUAUCGAAGCUGAGAUAUAUACCAUUCUUGGUGACCACGAUCGAAUCAUUAAGUUCAAAGGCAGAAAUCGGCACGGUAUCUGUCUCGAAUAUGCAGUCAAUGGAUCCGUUGCUCAUUAUCUUAGACAAGCCAGUAGCAGCCCAACGACUUCUCAGAGGUUCAAAUGGGCACAGCAGGCAGCCGAAGGUAUGGCGUACAUCCACAAAUCAAGGGUUAUUCAUUGCGACACUAACACAAACAACCUGCUCCUCGACCAAAACCUCAAUAUCAAAUUUGCGGACUUCCAAGGGCGAUUCUUGUCACCAGAUGGUACUACUAUUCUGAAUGGCCUUUCAUCAGAGAACAUAAAGUCAUCUAUGCCUCGUUCUGAUCCAAACCAUGCAGAUCAAAAGACAGAUAUCUUUGCUUUAGGGUCUGCGAUUUACUACAUGAUGACUGGACAUGAACCGUUUCCAGAGCUGAAUCCUUUAGUCGACGACGAUGAAGUGGAAAUAGAGGCAAGAUUCAAAUUGGGUCGUUUUCCAGCCUUGGAUCCCCAGCUAGGUGGCAAGGUUGUGCACAAUUGUUGGGCGGGAGCAUACAGGUCGGCUUCAGAGGUGGUUGAAGAUCUCCAAGAGCUUGCCAAAACUACUCUAGACGUAUAG